GGGUGAGCUAUUCUUUUAAGUGUUUUGUAGAAAUGUACUUGUUCUCUAAGAGGUCUUUUUACCAGUUAGACCCAUUGGAGUCUUACAGAUCAGGCUGCUUUCACCCAGCAUUCAGUAAUAUUUGCUUUUAGAGACAUUGCAUGAUGAUGGAGACCUGCAGAUGGUUAAAAACAAGCUGUUCAGUACGUUUCGCCCCUUUGAACAUGUAUGCCAUCCUCAGGUUUUCCCCAUAUUCAGCGAGCUCAUUGCGGGCUGUAAUUUGUGCGGGUUAUGAACGGAUGACCGGUUCUCGUCUCAGGUUGACUCUGUGGCCCACCCACCUGCAUAGGAAUAGCUAAGUGCACAACGGCUAAUUGAUGUCUGUAGGAAGCCGAUGAGGGGGAAGAUAUGAGCCUGAAGUACAUAUACAAUAUUUGGAAAAAAAAUCAAAAGUGUUUAUUUAAAUCAAUGAAGCUUCAAAUCUCUGUGGUUUGCACAAUAGGCCCUAAAGUCUGCAAAACCGUUCGCCCUUUUUACCUGUGAGAGUCAAAAUAUCAAGAAAAACACAAAUGAACUGCUCUACUGGCACAGACGGGUUAAUAUUUAAAGCCCUCGGUGGAUUGAGAUUGCGUCGCUCUCCGUGGUGCUGAAGCGGUGAUUGACGGCCGUCGAGGACAGAGGCUCAGCACUGGGCUGCAUGCGUCUGUGUCGAUGUGUGAUUAUCAACCCGAGCUGUUUGACGAGUGUUUGACGUUAGAGUUGGUGCAGAUUAAUUAAGCGAAAUAUUUAUCGUCGAUUUAAUCAAGCAUUCAAUUGCCUAGAUGAUUAAUCUUAGAAAGACUUCUUGUAACUAAAGUUGUAUUGCAAACAAGAGUAUUUUUAUGCGGGCGUGGAUCAGAUUAACAGUUUGAGUAAAUGAUUUUUUUUUUAUUUAGAUGUAGGUCGUGCACUACGUAAUCCAUUUGACAUGUUUAUCUUGUAUGUAUUUAUGUGAAUGUUCGGCUUUUACCAUAGGAUGUGCCCAAGAACAGGCAACGGCUGUGUCAUCAUGCAGGUUUGCCUUUUCUUUUAUUUGCAUUUUGUUUGCUAAACCCCUCACUGCCACAUUUAGCCAGCGCUACACGUCUUUAUUUCGAUGCACUGCAGUUUCUUGCAACCCAUUCUUGUAAUCUUUAAGGGCAGGGGAUCAAGAUUAUUAGAGUCAUAAACAAAAUGACAUCGUUGCCAUGGCAAUCGAUCAGUGUGUCUCCCCUCAACACACAGACACACACACCGUAUUGCUUAGCCAGCCAUAUUCGUGGCAAGGAAGAGAAGUAAUUUGAGAAACGAAACACUUGAGGCGGUCGGGAAUCAACGUAUCAAACCCUCAUCAACACCGUCUCGCGAAACCAAGAGACGCACUAUUCAGCGCAGCGGACCUCUGUGAGAACACCCGACUCAUUCCACCGGUGUUUCGUGACAGGGUUGAAAUGUUCCUGUGUGCACACUUUGCAGGCGGCGUUGAUUAACGGCAACGUUAAGGAGCAACGGAGGAAAAAAUGCAUGGCAUCGGUGCCGUCCGUUAUUGAAAAUAUAUGAGGGACUUAGAAGGUUAUCUCACCUGGAAUACUUUCACAGUACAGAACGGUAACACGCAAACAAGUUUGUGCACGACCAGUUGCCUAUCGCUAAAAACCGAUGCUUUAUCUGUAGUACGAACAUGGAAAGAAACGGCGUAGGUGAGAGAAAAACGUGGAAAGAUAUUAGUGACUAAAACUGUUGUUUUGUUACCAAAAGACGAGACUAGACUAUCAGCAGUAGCCUAGGAAAGUGCUGCAACAGUUUGUGGAAAUAACAGGAUUUGUCAGCCAUCGUCGUCGCUCAGGGUUAAGUGAGAUGUGAGACUGGGGGUCUUGUGAGGAGCCGGAGGAUGCAGUACAGAGGCACAUCGCUUGAUAACUGAACACUUCAUAACCGCCAGUGGAUUCCAAGAUCGACCCUGCAAAACAGUGAGGAAACAGCCAUGUCCACACCAUGGGAUUUAAAAUCAUUUCACCAAGAGCUUCAGCAAACCCUUUCAAAUGUUUCUCGUUCUCAAUGAAAACUAAGCUUAUCUUAAAAGCAAAUCUGUUGAGUGAACCUUAAGAAACUGAAAAGCGACUAGAAGGUUUAUACAUAGUCUCUCUCCUUGGAAAUUUCUAUUGUGAAGACAAUCAGCUUUGAAAACGUUUUACGUCUUUUCUACUAUCAUCAGUUUGUGUGUGUGUGUGUGUGUGUGUGUGUGUCUGUGCCAACGGUUUAUUAUAUAUUCUGAAUACACAUCUUAAAUGCAUGUAGAUAGGACAACCAUUUUAUAUUCAAUGUGACUUCUGUAUUCAUAUCCGAUUUCUUUUAACUAUUUUAAAUUUGCACACGGAUUAUCCAUUUGGUAAUUUUUCUCAUGCUUAAUGAGGAAACGCACACUCAUUUUUGUUCAUUAAUGGAAAGGCCAUGAAUGAGAUACUGAACAAAAUCAAAAUGAUUCCUCACCAUACUGCCCUCAAACCCUCAAAGGAGUUCAACAUCCGGAGUAGUCCUGUUAACACGUAAUACAGAUUACAAGUGCAGUAGAACAAGAUUCAUUUCUGAGUUGUUGUUGUUGUUUUUUUCACCAAGUGUAUGAAAAUUGUUUAUACUUGUCAAUAAUAGCAAACAUUCAGGGAGCAUUACAGGUCAGGGAAAUCUGCUCAAAGACUUAAGUGCCAUUGCUGAACAUAAAGAGUGCCCAAAUAAAAAAAAUAAAAAUAAUAAUAAUUAUGAUCAGCAAAACAUUCGUUUACAUUUUAAAGAUGUUUACAGUUGCCCCUUUCUCUUAAACAAAUCUUUCAUCCUGAUAAGUGCCAAAACUGGGAAUUAAACCUAAACACUUUUAUUAUAUACAGUAUUGCCUUCAUUUUUUCAAUGCUGAAUAUAGACACUAGAUAUUGAAGUAAUAGAAGGACAGUAACGAGAAGCAAUUUUGUUUGUCUGUGGAUAUCUGAAAAUGUAUAUUUUUGAAGAAAGGGAAUACCUCAAAAGGAAAUAUUUACCUUGUUAAUACAUUCAAAACUGACAGUUUAUUAAAUAGUCUUUCAUUUCCUGUUUAUACAACAACUAGCCGAUUGUGUGUUGCCUGCACAGAAUAUUGUCGGCGUUUUGAUUGUUUUCCAGCUAUGUGCUGGACGGAAGCACUGCAUGAUGAGAGAAUGUAUGUUGUGUAACUCACCUUGAAGCUGAAAGCACAUCAGAAUAGUUCUUUUUCUCUCACGCUGUCUUGGAGUGUGACCGUUCACAGCGCACACUUUUAACAGACUUUGAAAGCAGAUUUUUCUUUCAAGACUGUUUUCAUAUAGACCCAGAUUUCAUACGUCGGAGGGCUGCUACAAGAAUAUUUUACAUACGGCGCAAGGCAAGACUGUUUUUACAAAAUUCAGCAUUGUGCGGUGGGUUGAGUCAGUGAGAGAAAAUUUCAGCGUUAGUCAUGUAAAGAUGAUGCCCACCUUGGAAGCUCGAGUGCGUGUCAUCAUUCUCUUUCUGCUAGUCGCUUUCCCACUUAACGCUUCUUCGGCGAGCGUCCCGCGCCCGACCAGAAACACACCAAAUGGGCCUAUCAUCAUUACCCCUACACCCAACCCCAGAUCUCAGGGUAGGGGUUUUCUGUACCCCCUUUCUAAAAACGGUGGGGGCAUGCGAGGGAAGUCGAUUAAUCAUCGGCCAAAGGAACCAGCUGGAGUGGCAGAAAUGCCCCUCAGGCCACUGCCUCAGAUAAUGCUGCCAAAGAAUGCAACGACUGAUGCACUGAAGGGACCUUUUAGAGCGGUGAAGGUACCUCCGCCUCCUCGCAAACUGGUGGAAGUGGAUGUUUGUCGGGGUUAUUAUGAUGUCAUGGGCCAGUAUGACAUCACCUUUAACUGCUCCAAGGAUGACUUCAUCUACUGCUGUGGGACCUGCCAUUACAGAUUUUGUUGUCCGGACCGCUCUCGAAGGCUGGACCAGAACAGCUGCCACAACUACCAUUCCCCUGUGUGGGCCAAUACGGCCCCACCUGUGACCAGGCCCCAGCUGCCUGCCCACCCGGACCUCAGUCGCAUCGAACAAAGCAACAACACGGUCUAUGUCAUCGGUGGAGUCAUCUCGUUUACAGUGGCGGUGGCAGUGGCCAUUAAAGUGGCAUUUCACAAGGCGUCACGGCAGCCUAGGAACAGGGAACUCAACAUGCCCAGGGCUCUUGUGGAAAUGCUGCGUCACCAGUCGAGUCCAGUUCAAGAGGGAGAGAGAAACAACAGUGUUGCCUUGGGAACUGGAGGAGGAGAGGGGACUCUUGGACGACCCCUGAAAAAUCUCUAUCCAACGCUACAGAGUAAAGAUAACCGACUGGGGAAUCUACAGCAUAACUUCAUCCAUACAACAGGUUCCAGUCCCAAACAUACAGCCACCAUUGAGCGUGGACUACAUAUGAAUAACAUGCAGCUGGCCACCGGUGGCACAUUGAAGCCCAGUAAACAUACUAAUGCCAUGAAGCCCCAGCCGUCCUUCCAUCACUCUCUACAUAACCUGGCUCAGCUGCCGCCCUCGUAUGAAGCUGCCAUGAAGCCUGAGAUCAACAGAUACUCAUCUCUCAAGCGUCUGGAGAAAGGAGGAUUGGAGGAAUAUUCAGGUUACUGUACCACCAAACGGAGGCCCAACAACGCCCCUCCUUCCUUUCAUUCCUCCCAGCAUCACCUUCCCUGGGGUGGCGACUACACGAUGGGGGGAAGAGGCACGCUUCCCAACCGUGCUACUCGUCCUCGAAUACCUCAUCCACAGUCUGCCCCAAGCCACACCCCGAAUCCUUACCCUCUGGAUCCACCGGAGUCGAAACAAAACCAGAACUAUGAUACGCUUUCCAAACCACCACGUCGUGUCAAAUCAACAGACCAGCUCCUUGCCCUCUGUGACGGCAACACCUUAUCAAGGAUGUCGAAGAACCAGCAGCACCAAUACUACAAAGCCAUGGCCAAUUCAUCGAAGAAUUCCAAUACGAACACCCUGAAGAAGUCCAAGGAGAGGCUGCUGAUGUCCCCAGACCAUCUAGAGGAGGAGGCAGGUGGGGAUGAGUACGAUGGAAGCACGAUGGGUAUGGGAAUUAGCGACUACACGGCCCACACUGGUGGAGGUGGAAUGGUACCCACCUUGCCCCGUGUUAGCCACCAGAAAGCUCAAUCACAGCAGAAUGUUUGCGCCACACCGUCCCUCGACCGGCACCACAUGAUCAAGAUGAACUCACACCCGACCUCGGGGCGAGAGCAGGAGCGGAAUUCGGCAGCGAUGUCAGGUCACCUGGGAGGAGGCGGGGCUGGAGGAGUGGGAUGGGGCGACAUGCCUGGAACAGGAGUUGUCAUGGGAACAGGGACUCUUGGUGGACACAGUGCCAGGAGGCUUGCAUUUGCAGCUAAAAGGCAAAAUACCAUUGAACAACUUCACUUCAUCCCUGGUGGAGGGGGAAGUGGAGGAGGAGUGGCAUCAAACCAAGGGGUUAGAACAGGAAGCAAGAAUGAGGUUACUGUGUGAGCAAGAAGCUGGAGAGGGAAGGAGGGAAUGGAGAAGAUGGGUGAGUGAUAGACUGUGUGAAGAGUUGGAGGAUGGUAGAGGGACUGUGGGAGAGAGAGAGUGGGAGGAAUAGGGAGAGAAAUACCAAGAGAAGAGAGAAAAGGAGUAGGAGGAUGGUAAAGGAAUAAGAGAAACAGAGUUUGAAGUAGGGGGCCACGAAGUGGCUCCAUAUUUUUUACAGAUAUAUAUUGUGUAUAUAGUGGCAAAUUCACAAGAUAAGAUUAGAUACGUUUUAAGUCAGGUUUGAUAGAGCUUCAAAGUUGUUGUGCUUUUUAUGUUUAUGAAAUUGCCGCUAUAAUUAUGAUCAAAGCUUAUUAUUAUUUACUUAUUUAUUUGCGAAAAGUUUGCCUAUAAUCUACUGCAUAGAAUAUCAAUAGAGUGUAAUAUAAAUUCCACAUGAUGUGACAGAUGAACAGAAACAUUUUUCCUAUCUUUGUCAUGUUUUUAUCCGGAGAUAUUUUACAUUAUUACACUUUACAGAUAUAGCUGCUAUGGAGAAAUAUAUUUCAGAGAAUGGCUUUCAUAUUAUAACUAAAAUGGAACUACUGGGAGACUAAUAUAAUAAUUAACGUCUGCAUUAAGAGGAACCAGAUGAAUAUGAGUUGAGCGCUUAUCCCAACUGAUGAAUUGUAAAGCUACUUACAGUUGGACAAACGUAAUGCUGGAUCUUAUCUCUUUUUAAACCCUAAUCCACUUCAACAUAAUGAGGAAGUGUGGCAGGGUUUUCGCAGCGUAUGUCAAAAUGAAUGAAGAUGGAACAAUUUGAGGAGCAUAUCCAUAAACUCAUUUUGAAUACUGCGAGACAGAGAAAGCAAGCCUCACCACUGUUUCACCUGCAUCUUAUUCAGUGUGAAUUUAACAUGGAUGUACCAAGUGAGUUUCUGUUAAUUUUUUUUUUGGGGGGGGGGGGGGGGGGGGUUGAAUACUGAAAAUAGUACACAAGUUUUAAAUUAUCAAAUCUGCCCUUCAGUACAUAACUGGAGAUCGCUUUGAACUAUCGAGGAAAGCCAUUCUGGGACACAAUUGAGCAGAAAAGCCCAGUAGAAUACCAAGAGAAAUGUCUGACAAUCAUCUUUUUUUCACUUAAAAAGACUCAUUAAUGAUCAUUGGCACUUUGUUUGGAUACUGAGCCACCACUUUCUACAAUGUCCAAGUGCUGGGAUUUGUAAGGAAGAUUCAUCAUAAAGGACGCUGGACUACCAAAAGCACAAGAAUAAUACAUUAGAUUCCUGUAACACUGGGUACUUACCCGUUUAUGCUCCUCUUAGGUAUACUGUGUCAAACGGUUCACCUCAAGCUAUUAACUAUGGAUCUGAGAUGAAGAGAAUGACUCAAGAGUAAGAGCACUCAUCAAUGUAUUUCUAUGUUAUGGUAUUCUGGCAUAAAAUUAGUGCAUAACAUAGCAGUAUCAUUAUCUCGCUCAGGUGUGGGUUGACAUUUGCAUAAAGACAAACCUUCUGGACUGCUUUUUAAAUCUCCAUAUUGAAGCCAUGUGUAUAUGCUGUUAAAACUGAGACUCUGCGAAUAGUUCGAGUAUAUGGGCAUGCCAGAACAGCUAACCUGUAUUUUUCAAUCUGAUGUUACUGAGAUAUGAACAUAACACGUCAUACCUGAUAUCUUCAUAACCAAUAAUGCUUAUCAAUAUUAAGGGCUAUACAACACACAUGCGUUAGUGGUACAGAUGUUACGCACAGCUUACUCAUUAUUCAUUGAUAAUCUCAUUAUUUACCAAAAGAUAUUAACGUAGUAAGUAAAUAUUACAAUGAAAAAUAUCAAUAUCAGAUUGUUCGCAAACAAGCUAGAUAUCAUUUACUGUACGAUUCUGAUCUCUGAGAAAUAGCACAGGUGUCAGGAACUCAUUUGACCAAUGAAAACUAAACAAUUUACAUUGUAAAACCACCAAGUGGUCAUUUUUUGUCAUUGACUUUAUAUCUCUUGGUUAAUUUUCAGUGUAAUGAAACUGAACGUUAUAAGUUACAGCCUCCCAGUAAAAGUGUUAAGGAGUAGUUUAUAUCACAUCAGCAUCAGGGGCAUUGGUGGUAACCCAUUCAUUUAACUUUUCACUGGAACUAGUGUGUAUCUUAAUGAGUUAUGAAUACAACUUAAAGACAAUCUUCCUAACAGCUCUGUAAUACAUUGGUGUUUGUUAUUGUCGUUACUAUGACAGUUAAUAUUAUGGUUAUUGGUGAACUUUCUUCUUGUUGUUAUGGUUAUAUUAUGAUUAUGAUGGUGAUUUUUUUUCCUCUGUGGUUUUAGUGUUAACUUGUUUUAGAUAUAUUUCUCAUGAAAUUCUUUUGAAAUUAUGAGUAGAAAACUUUAAAGCCACAUUGUUUGCCAAUUCUUCAUGCAUUCCUAAUGAUGAGGAGUGCCUUCAAAAAUUUCUCAAUGUGAUGUCACAUAGUAAUUGUUCUAAGCCUGCAAAUGCCAUUACUUGUUGCAGAGACAUCACAAUGGGUUUAUAAAUGAUGUCAUGGGAUGUAUGUUUUAUAUGUGUAACCAAAUGUCGUCUUUUGGUUAAGUGAAAUUUCAACUUUUUAAUGUUUCUUUCAGGGACAAUUAGAACAGCUGAAUCGAUUUCAUAUUUUCCUUGUCAUAACAAGUCUGUAGCAAUGUCUGUUUUGUAUCCACAAGCCAUAAUUAUGAAAAUGUUUAUGGAAUUUAUCCACAACGCAUAUUACUGCAGAAAAUAACAAACAUUGGAUGUGCAAAUAAAGCCCUUAAGCAUUUUAAAA